AUGAUAUAUGGCCCCUAUAUCAUGCGAGAUAUUUCCUCGGUGUACUACCGCCCUUACCAGAAGGCGAAACACUCCCGCGCCGCCGCCUUCUGCUCAGAAUCGCGCACUGUUGGCAUCGAGCAUGCAUUUUCCUCGCCGGCAGAAUCUGGGCUGAAUAUAAACGCAGGUUGCGUCCUGAUCGGUCGACAACGGUUGCCUCUACCAUCGCGCUUCCCCCUCGCCUCCAUGAUCUCUUCGUUUAGUUUACAUAUGGUUUCUACCUACGGCUGCCUCUACCAUCGCGCUUCCCCCUCGCCUCCAUGA